AUGCCUCCUGAAGAAGCCAACCUCUCGUCUUAUUACGACAAUAGUGGAAGAAGCAGCCACAUGGACAAUGUCGGUUCCGCCUCCCGACCCAUACACCCAGUGGAAGAGACUGGUAAUACGACAGGGAAUACGAGGAGCCAGAUUACCGCUACCCACGAGACGAUCACUCGCGUCAUGAGCCAGUACACCCUGAAAGAGUUGGUGGCGAAGGAAGACAAGACGGAGGAAGAGAAGGCGGUGCGUCGCAUUGUGCAGUCCCUACUGUCUACCAAAAACAACCUGACCAGGCAGUUGAACGACAGCCGAAAAACGAUCGAAGGGCUCACAAGAGUAAGAGAGGAGCAAGACCGACAGACACUGGCGCGGGAUCAGUAUAUCCUUUCGCUGGAAUCGAGGUUGGCGGCAGUGGAGAGUCUCUUUAUGGAGACUGGCGCAAUCUUGCCGGAAGGUUUUGGCGGGGGUGAUCCGCAACAGUCGUGGUCCUCUUCACAAGGGGGCGAUGACCUUUGGACGGGUGAUGGGAGCUAUGCCAACCCUGAUCUCACCAACCAAGAUCACACGCAAAUGGAUUACGAGCGAUCAUAA